GAGAUUACUUGACCUCGUACACGAAGAGAACAUGGGGCAUUUUAAAUGCAUGGUGCAUCCUUGUGUUCAAAAGAAGAUAGUGCCCGGUAUUAUGUCACCAUUGCGUUGCCAUCACCCCAUCCAUGUUGGUGAAAGAGGGAAAGUGUUGCGGCGUUUUGUUGGAAGAACACACAUCACUAUCCAUCUUAUUUAGACAUAAACAGCCACUGCUCUCCUCAUUUCUCUCCUUCUUUGUGCCACCACCACUCCUGUUCUUUCUUUCUGUACCGCAACCACGACCACCUUGCCUAAGUCUCUGAGCACUGCAUCGUCUCAGAUGUCCGCGAUAUGCAAAUCCAACGUAUCUUCGCAACUGGUCAGGUUCAGUUAAUUCGUCAUACCAAUGAUUAAUAUGAUCAUGCAACAAGAAUUGAAAGCACCGCGAGAGCGCCAACCGAAUUAUUCGAUUGAGAAUAUCCUCUUCCAGGGUGGAAAUGUGCUUGGUGUACUCAUUGUUAAUGGGGAACUCUUCGUCAAGGAAGGCACGAAAUUUGAUAUUGCCGGGAAACUCCCAUGCCACGCCAUUCUUGUGGAAUAGAACGCAGUUGAUUUCGGGGCAAUAUAUAUGCGGGAACGGUUCAAGUUUCGACUUGUACAAYGUAGAGUAGUCACAAUCUGCAUUGGCCAUAGCUUGAUUUUCAAUGUGUUCGUCCAUAGCACAACGGACKUUCAUCCACCUCAUGUGCUGGCGCGUUUUCACAGUACCAGAGUAAGUGGUAGGAAUGUCCUCGGGCCUCACCCCAAAUGAGCUCAAACUGUAGAGGUACUCGACGGUUUCCCCAGAAUGGAUUUUCAACACUUUACGACCAGUCUUUCCAAUCAAAAAUAGCAUGAGCGGUUUGAGUAGCCGAACAAUGAGUUCGUUCGGAAAGCACAUAUGUAUCGCCGAAAAUCGAAAUGGGCAUGCCUCGAACAUGGAAUAGAAAAAGCUUGACAUGUCUGCAGUGCUUUCGCCCCCCAGUCGCUGAUAAACGUCUUCGGUCAUCAAAUGAACUGUUACUAUCCCAUUCUGUUGACUUCUCAUGUCCUCUCCUAAUUGAAACAACAAAUAUAGUCCUACUCUAUUUCUCUCCAAAACAGAGUAUUUCGCACCACAAUUGCCCACAAAAAACAUCACUCUUCGUCCCAGGGAAUCUCUAGAUGGUGAGAAUUGCAUGCUGCCUUCCUUGAGCAGUUUUAGUUCACGCUUGGUUAAAUCUUUCAGCAAUAAUUGGCGCAUAAGGCAGACGUCGCCGAAAUAUCUCUCUAAAAGGUUCAAAUACUUGCAAAACCUUGUGACAGCUUUGGUAACUUCGAAAAACUCAGCACGCAAGAACCUAAGUCGAAGAUCCCUCGAUUUCACAUAACUUGAAUUCAUGCUCAAGGCUCGAUGAUAGUUCUUUUUCACCUGGGCGUUUACACUUGAUGCGGGAUUAUUCAAUUCGUAAUCAAAUUCCAAUAAUGCUUGAAUGAGAUUGCCAGGCUUCUCGUAUUCGACCGCGUCGUAUCGCGAUUCUACCCCGUGCAGUUCAUAAGACGCAGCCUCGCGAUCACGCUGAGGCAUUUCGUAUUGCUCUUGCGCCCAUAAUUGUUCUAUGCGCAACCCAUCGAUCGUCGAUUGUCCAUGGUUUGUGCUCAUGUGGGUGUCUUCGCUAAUUGUGUCGGUUUCAAUAUCCAUGGUUGUUCCGUCAAUUUUUGGUCCACACUGAGGUCCUGGUUUAUUACUUUUCCCACAGUAUUACGAUGUGCUGUACAGUACUUCUAUUUGAAAAAAAAUCAUCAACUUCUGUUUCCUUCUCCCGAUACUACUACGCGUUGCGGAUCAAUUAAAACUACGUUUCACAGGGCAUUCCCAAUCUUAAUUUAACAUUCCAAAUGUUUAUUUAAUGAACUGUACGGAAUGAUAAAUUUAUUGCUGUAGGCUUACGUAGGUCCUAGUAUUAUCCACAUUCUUCUUCAGUCUUGCACAUGCCUAAAAAAGGAAGAAGGGAUCUAAAAAAGAGGAAGAAGAGGACGCCUCCCCUGCUAACUUUCAGACUGUUAAGCAGAGCAUUCAGGAUGUCAAAUUGAAGCAAAAACCACAGUACUUAUUUCUACAUAGCCUACGCUGCUAACAUUCAGAAUGUUACUACUAAAUUAACAUUCUUGGGAAGAAUGCCCUGUGAAACAUAGUAGUUUCAAUUGAUCCGCAACACUUAGUAGUAAGUAGUACUCGUCCUUGUACUCUAAUUACUAYGCAUUUCAUAACAAUUGAAUACAGUCUUGAAAGGGAGCAAAAAGUAAUAAUUUGAAGUUAUGAACUCUUGCUUGUACAUCAUGAUGUACCACCAGGUUCUACUGAGCUAAUUUUUGGAAAUGACUGAAUAACUUGAUUGAUUCCCCUAAAGAGCAAAAUGGUUCCUCCUGGCCUGUCAAUUCGUAAAUGCCAUUCMAAAACUGACUCAGUGAAACAUAGUAGAAUUUCUACUAGAGUUCUUAACUUCAAAUUGAAAGUUUUUGCUCACUUUUGAGACUGUAUUCAAUGGUUAUGAAACACGUAGUAGUACUAGUACAUGUUUCAUAACAAUUGGUGAAUAGUACAGUCUUGCCAGAGAGCAAAAAGUUUUGAUUUAAAGUUCUAAACUUUGAUUUGAAGUUAUGAACUUUUGGACAUGUAUCAUGUAACAGGUUCUACUGAGCURUUUUUAAAAAAUGACGGAAUUGCCGAAUUGAUUCCCCUCAAAACAAAACAAAAUGGUUCAAGGUGAUUCAAUCAUGAAUCCAGCCUUUCAAUCAUGAAUCCGGCAUUUCAAUCAUGAAUGCCAUCCAAAAACAAGCUCAGUAGAACCAAGUAGACUUUCUACCAGGACAUUUGAAGUUCUGAACUUCAAAUCAAAGUUUAGAACUUGAAAUUAAAACUUUUUGCUCUCUGGGGAGAAAGUAUUCAAAUGUUACAAAACGCAUAGUACUACAAGUUUUGUAACAAUUGAAACUGGGCUUGCCCAGCAUGCAAGUGCUCUCAAGUUAAGACUUAAAGCGUUAAAACAAAGUUAUGAACUUUGAAUCAACAUUGUCAACUUGUGCCACAAGUUACCAACUAUUCUACUAUGCAGAUGUAGUACAUAGACUUUGUACUAGCCCUGCUAUGGGCACGCAGGUAGGUCAGCAGUUGCUGAUCCAGCUAGAUCAGCUGCUCACCACCACCAAGGAGCAAACUGGAUCUGUUUGGAUGUCUGUAGUACAAAAGCUGUGUAGAAAAUGCCAUAGAAAAUUGUGGAUCAAGGGGCUGCAGAUUUUGUUCAAAAUGGAAGGGUUUUGAUUCCUCGUUCAAAUUUGUACUGGGGUCUACUCCUGUCGUGACCUAAAACUUUCCUCCAGCACGCUGCUCAUCUAAAACUGUUCUUUUAAUUCAUUAAAAAAACUUGGUUCAAAGUAACCGACCAUGGGAAUUGCUCUAUUUGCAGCACUUCCACUCAACCUUAGAUACUUGGUAUCACUGGAUAGCUCUCUUCAAUUGUUGAUUGAACAAGCCUUGAACCAUAGAAAGCAAGCAAGUGUAACAGAUUUUAUUGUGUGUUAAGUGUAGCUUCUUUUUUACGACAACUGCUUCUUCUGACAUCGGCAAUCACCAUGGCUAUUGAUCCAGCAGAUAAGAUAGCAAAGAUCAGAGCUGGUGCUGGUCUUUCUAGAUUGACACAACAAAGAAGAGCUCAAAAGCCUCAUCCUUCUAGGGGAGGGAGUGAAGGCUAUCCUCUCUUUGUAAGAGAGUUGGAACUGCAAAGCAAGGAUGAUGGUCUUCCUCCUGUUUUUGCCAGUAAGGUAUCUCAUUCAAGAUGGAGCAUUUGUCUUGAUCCAUACAGAAUGAGAGGUAACAGUGACCAGAGCAAGCUUGUUGGACCAGACCAGAUGCUUCUUGUCAUUGGUAUAACCAUUAGCCCUUCUGCUAGUGAAGAUGAGUAUGCUACAUUCAUCUACAAUCAGGGAGGGAGAAUCUAUUCAAGAGUAGAUAUCUCCAGGCRCUUGGAUGGAAUGAAGAUYRCCAGGAAGAGGGCGUYGACUGAAGCCUACYAAGCCUUCACCUUUAGGAACAGGAGAAGAUGCAAGUUGUUCUGGAAUCAUCCUCCUCCCCUUGGAGUAGUUGGAAUCCCAAGAAGGAAGUUAAUUCAUGUGGAUGAGUUUGCCUUCAACCUUCAAAGGACUAAUUGCAAAUAUGGAUGGUCUUUCAUAAGAAGAAGAGUUAGAAAGAUAGGACACUACAAGAGGACCAACAAGCUCACUGUUCUCUUUACUGUGGAGCCAGGGGAUCCAUGGCUGCCUCCAGAGACCAGGGGAGGUAUCCAGAACCCAAUGAGAUGGAUUGAGGUAAUCAGAGCUGGAGGGACCUCAGCCUGGACCUUUGCUCAGUUUAUUGAGGAGAUUUGUAGUGAUAUCUAGCAACGGCCCAGCACCAGGGGAUACUGAUGCUGAAAAGUUCUUUGGGACAAUCUUAGAGCUCAUCUAACCAAUGUAGUAGUAGCUCAAACAGUAGAGGUGAGACCAGCUGGAGAAGGGACUGUCUUAAGCUCUGUCCUGUUCCCCCCUUACCAACCAAAAUAUGGUCCCUUUGAGUAUAAGAUCUGUGAUCUAAUUGGUGAUGUGAGCAAGAUGGCGAUGCCUUUCUGGACCACUGCAGACCUGGAGCACACCAUUAGAACCAAGGCCUUUAGGUCACUUGCUCCCUUUGAUUCAACCUUUGACCAUUGUGGAUACAYUGUAGAUGGAGUGUAUCAACUGCUUUGAUAUUAGAAARCAGGAGUAGCAACAACAGCAUGUUGACAGUCUCCAGCAAGUGGGCUAGAUUCAGUGAGUAGGAGCAUUAGACUGGAGCAAUCCCAUAGGGACUGGCUUGCUGGCGAGUUGACUCCUCCUGGGCCUAUUAAAAUUGAAUUGCACUGUGAAUGCUUAGAUUCCAGUCCCCCUGGAACAGCUCCAGCUUCUUUGUAGGAUGCUCAAACAAUUCAACAAAUUGACUAGACUGAUUCAAUUACAGUUGAGACAUACUCAAGAGGGAUUGAUCCAAUGUGAGAUCCUUCCAUGAUUCUAAAACAGUACUAUUUGUAUACAAUUUAUCUUUAGUAGUAAGAAUAAUAUCCAUCAAGGGUAGUUUCAAUAGACUUGAGCAAUACACCACAGACCAACUYGCUAGUCCAUUGAGUCCUUCUGGGCCUACUGUUUUAGAAUAUACUACAGUGAGUCAGUUUACAAUCUAAUUUGUCUCUAUACUAUUACAAGAUUACAAUAGUAGUACUAGUAGUAGUACCUCAACAAGGAGAUACUACAUGGGGGCUAUCAACAGCAAUCACAGGGAUUGCAACAGCACGCAACAGCUUCUUUAUUUGUACAGAAGAGACAGCAAGAGGGCAUCAUAAUGGUGGAGGAACAGGAGGAAAGGAACCACCACUAGAGGAAUCAAUGUGCUCAGCAUUCAGCCUUCACAAGGACUAAACGGAUGUGCAAAUCAAUCAGAGAAGYUGUCUCCAUAGUCAAAUCCAGCUGAGCUCUGGCUGCUGGCUGGACAAGCCACCAGRACUGCUAGCCUUCUUGCUUGCAACAGCUGGCGCCUUCUUUGCAGCAGUGAUAGGCUUUUUGCUGCUCAAAGCUGGGCGCUUGGUAACAUGCUUGAGACCCAAGCCCAAGUUGUGGCCCCGGACUGCUGCUGGGUGCUUUAAGCCAGUACUACUAGUUGCUGGGCGCUUCAAGCUACUAUCACUAGCAACAGCAUCCUUUCCCCUCUCAGGAAAGAGCUCACGCCUCUGUACAAACUUUGCCAUGGAUUCAGUGGUCUGCUCCCCAUUGGGGCAAAUGUUCUCCAUUUCCUUUGCCCUUUUCUUGAGAGCCAUGGCGUCUGCACCAGUAUUCUCAGCAGUGAGCUGUAAAGGCAGUAGAUCAAGGGCCUUUUGCUUGGAAGCAGAGUGAGUACCAAGAACAGACUGCUUGAUAGCUUCCUUCCUGAUCUCCCAACCAAACAAAGGAGUAGCUGCAACAGAUGAGCCCUUGCGGCGCUUGGCAAGGGAGGAAGCUUAAACUCAGACUUGAUAGGCUCAGGCUUCACCUCCACCUUGCCUGUGCUAUAAAAGCUGGUGGAGAGAAACCCUGAGCUAUCACUGUUGCUCUCAAGAAUAAUACAAUAUAUUAAGAAUAUAUUUUAAGAAAUAUAAAAAUGAACCAACACAUCACUAGUACACUUGAUGGUUGAAGUUACUCCAAUGUUCUCUGCAUACAGCAACAUUGCAACUUCUGCAACCAUUCCUUGACAUUUUUCAUACUAAUCCAUGGCAACUUCCUCUGUGUGAACAAAAUUACCAGCACCACCAUUGCUCAUGGAAACUUCAAGUAUGAAGGAGUAAAGAGGAACUUUUGUGUUGUCUGUGUAGAAGAAGCAAAGCACAGAUAUGCUGACUCAUCAGUGAGGAGAUGAUUGAGGAAGUUGCCAUGGAUUACUAGUAUGAAAAAUGUCAAGGAAUGGUUGCAGAAGUUGCAAUGUUGCUGUAUGCAAAGAACAUUGGAGUAACUUCAACCAUCAAGUGUACUAGUGACRAUCUGUUAGUUCAUUUUUAUAUUUCUUAAAAUAUAUUCUUAAUUUAUUGUAUAGGUAACUGUCCAAAAUAACAAAAAGCUGCAGGAAAAAGCAAAUACCUCACAUAUGAUACUGUUGGAAAGCCAGUUUGCUCUUGUCUUAUUUGCAAUAGCAGGUGUGGUACUUUGUUCCUUAGGGGGGACAGGCACAAAGCUGCUGGUGAGGCCAGGGAUAAGCAGGAGGCUGCUGCUGAGCCAKCAGCUCAUGGUGAGACUGCCACCUUGCCUCAGCUUUUCAGCAAGUAUGUUGCUGACACAUUGCAGAACAGUGUGAUUGAUACUGUGGCUCAAGCAAACACUGCUGUCAAUGAUCCAGUWGCUGCUCAAAAUUCUUUUGCCUUUGCAGCACACAGGUUGCUCAGAAAUCCAGAUAUUCUGGGGAGUAUGGCAAUGAGGCACACCAUGCAAGGGAUGGAUCCAAUGGGGAUUGAGACCAGGGAUGGGCUAUCCAUCAAUGCUCUCAGGAAGGGAAGGACUGUAGUAGCAGCAGUGGAUCUGGCAGUAGCAGCAAGUGGAUUUGGUAUCCCUAAGAAUCCAAGGGAAAUGCAGCAACAACAGCCACAGCAGACACAGUCUCCACAGCAACAGCCUUGCCAGCAGCAGGCCCAGCCUCCAAAGAGGGCCCCUCUUCCUACUGGAGGACCUCCUACCACAUCCAUCUUGGUUGCACCUUUCCAACUGCACCAUUAGAUAGCUUUGGAAGUGGGAAAUCUUCUGCUGUGCAUGAACUGACCCUCUUCUUUGCCUGGACAUUGGUUCCAACUKAUACCCAUCUGYGUUCUUCAUAUAUCUUGGUCACAACUUUUAUUUUAGUACUAGUGUAGAAGUUGUCCAUGAACAGUCCAAGGCCAUUAUCUUGUCAAAAAUUGGAUUGAUGUACCAACUGCUGAAAAAAUCUUAAUACUACUAGUAUAUUUAACCUCGGGAACUAGAAGGGGCGCUAUAUGGCCAGAACCAUAGCUUUGGGUUUAAAGUAUGCUCCAAGUUGCUCCAAGGGGCGGCACUCCCCUCCAAGGAGUGUUGGUGGAAGUGCGRCCAGGUGCCAACCACUGAAUAAUAUCCCAUGUAGACCCACUACUCAUAUCAGUGUAGAUCUCAAAUGAAACUUCUUAGUAUCAGCAUCACACACACAGUACACCUUAAUACCAUGCUUGAUUGGCUUCUUCUUGAGAAGAUACUGGACAAAUUCAAUGGAUCUUUCUUUGGAAGCAAUCAUUGACUCAUCAAAAGAUAGGUCAAUAAUUGCAUACCACCCAAGACAGAGACGAUCAGCAAUUUUCUCCGUCACCGUCCAGAUUUUGUAGAGUAGGCCAUCAGUAUGAUUUGAUUGGCUUCUGUUGUCACNCCCACAUGCGAAUACAAGACCAAAUGUUGUCGCAUGCGAGAAUUCCAUGACGUGGUGUGGGAGAAUUCCACAGGCAGCUGCUUCAAAUGCUAUUUGUAGAAACAAGGCCCGCAUGCGAAUACAAGACCAAACGUUGUCGCAUGCGAGAAUUCCAUGGGCGGCUGAUUAGAAUGCCACUGGUAGAAACAAGGCCGGCAUGCAAAUACAAGAACAAACCCCACAUGCGAAUACAAGACCAAAUGUUGUCGCAUGCAAGAAUUCCAUGGGCGGCUGAUUAGAAUACCACUGGUAGAAAGAAGGCCCACAUGCGAAUACAAGACCAGCAAAUGUUGUCGCAUGCGAGAAUUCCAUGACGUGGUGUUCAAGAAUUCCACAGGCAGCUGCUUCAAAUGCUAUUUGUAGAAAAAAGGCCUGCAUGCGACUACAAGACCAAACGUUGUAGCAUGCGAGAAUUCCAUGGGGGGCUGCUUAGAAUGCUACUGCUGGUAGAAACAAGGCCCGCAUGCGAAUACAAGACCAAACGUUGUCGCAUGCAAGAAUUCCUGCUUGUUUGUAAAACAGYGGCAAUUAUGAACACGAUCGUUUUGGUUGGAUUUCAAAUAGUGAAUGUGUGAAUGGUUUCAAUACGCAAAGAAGACACAAUGUCGUCGUUUGAAAUCUAAUCAUGAUGAAUACAAUGGCGACACCACGGUAGAGAGAAGGGGCUGGCACCGUGGACUAGUCGGAUUUUGGURAAAGCAUAGGGAUAUGGUUCAAUGUGUUUUUUAAUUGUGAACAAUUUCUGGCUCAACAACAGUGAACAUAACAGUGGUGGGACUCAGGGUUUCUUCUACCUCGGAACAGAAAUAAAACUGGUUUWCCAUAACAACCCAACGCAACCCUCGCAACUAAGUUUAUGCUUGAACGCGACCAAAACCAUGCUAUGUGUGAGGUUCAGUGGGCGCGUGAAAAAAAAAUGGGUGUGUAUUUAAAAAAAAAGGUUGCGAGCGGUCGCUACUGCUUGCGAACACUUUUUGUGACGAACAAGUAAAUUGUUUCAGGAGAAGAACUAGUAUGGUGGUAAGCAGAGCAAGAAAUUCUUCGCAGGAAGAGAGUCUUGUUGCACCCCCCAAGAGUCGUGGAAAGCACCAUUAUUCGUNGUAAGCAGAGCAAGAAAUUCUUCGCAGGAAGAGAGUCUUGUUGCACCCCCCAAGAGUCGUGGAAAGCACCAUUAUUCGUGUUGUUUCUUGUGGAAUCAUGGUAUGUUUUCUUUUUKAAAAUGGUGUUGUGUUGYAACACAACAAGAAGUUGUUGUGAAACAAGAAUAUUUUGCUACCAAAUGUAGAAUGUGAAUAAUACUAGGAUCUACGUACGGUAGGCCUAGACGAUAAAUUUAACAUUCGGAAUGUUAAAUUAACCUUCCCAAUGCAUUAAUUAYAGUAACGUAAUUUUUCAAUUGUUGUUUUACGCGUAAUACAGUAAAAAAUUCGUUUUCCMUCCGAUCACUUGGCGCGCAAUCCGAGCUAUACCACCAGAUCACUUUUUUUGGAAAGCGCUUGAUGUCCGGCUUGCGCAAGAAAUUGAUAUGUCAUMGGUAUUUUUUCUGUUGGCCUAUUCCGUUGUUUUCCCUGGUGUGUGGUCGAGUCACAGUAGAGUAGCUAAGGAAUUCCUAAUUUAUCCACGAUUUGCUAAAGUAAUUAUCCAUGACAACCGAUAUUACUUAAGCGGUCGUAACUGUUAUAUUUCAACAGCAUUUUCAUUUACAGCAAGACGUUACGUCAGGRGAGCUCUUACACUAAAUAACACUGAUCUUUGGAAUGCGAACCGACGAACAAUUUUGGCGCCACUUACGAAAUUAAUUUGGAAUUCGUACGAUUACGUAUGGGUAGAUACUUACAGAAUUACUACUAGUAAAGAAGGUACCGGUACGGUAAUUAGCKGGGGCUUGGAUUUCUGUACCUGUGCUUAGUUUCACUGUCGCGGUGACAGGAAAGAGAGCAAUCCAAAACUUGAUAAUUGAGCACGUGAAAACGCGAGAGAAGAAUCCGCACACAUGUAAAAUAGGUCACARACCAAAAAUAGUAUUGCCAUACCACAGGUCCCAAUAUUUUUUGACAAGGUGCACAAUAUUCCUUUGCAAAUAGAAGAUCACAACACCAAAGACAAUGAAAUUUCAUCUGAUCCUCGGCUGUGCAACCCUAGUGGUAGCCGGCACCGCACUAGUUGCGCUAUUUGGAUCUCGAACACAAGAAGAUGGCUCAGCGACCAGGAAGUUAAGGUUCAACAGACUCCCCGUUGUUUACGUGAACGAAUGGUACGGAGACGAUUGGUGGUCCUCUGGCGACGAUUGGUGGGGCACCGAUGACUAUUCCAAGGGCGAUGAUUGGUGGGGGAGCGGGGACGAUGGUUUCCACCACGGAGGCCAUGGACAAGGCGAUGACUGGCACAACGACGACUACACCUUUGAAUACAAACCGGUGGCUUCCGAGUUCAUCAAGGUCACCAACGGAGGUUAUGGUGGAAAGUCGGGGCGUUCCCUCUCUGAGCUCCGCUUCAACAAGGUUCCCCCCGUCAUUGAGGGAUACAACACCAACGCAUUUCGGUACACCCCGAGCCGCGACUACGUCCAAGGUGUCCACACGGCUCUCUUCCCCUUGAUGCCGAGCGAUUACCCCCUUACCGGAGAAAAAGCCAACAUCGUGCGAAGAGAAACCAUGGCCGAUGCCGUUGUCCUUUCCGGAGACAUACAGCUCCACGGAGACAGCAACCCCACGGUUUGGCUGAACCGUGCUGGGGUCACUCCCAUAUAUCCUAGCGAUCCCGCGUUUUGGGACGAGCUACGACCAGUGGUGGAGGCCCAGAUUGCACGCCGUUCUGGAGUCUCCCCUUCCCAGAUGAACUACUGGCCCGAUUCUUGGGCGGAUAAGACCACUUUGGACGCUGUUGCCGAGGCGGUGCAGGGAGAAUACCCCGGUCUCCACCAAUCGACCAUCAUCGAAAAGUUCUUCAAAGACGGUGUUGAGAUGUACCGCGACAUGUACCCGUUCCGCAGUGUUGUGGACUUCAUCGGAACCGACAUUCGCCUCGCCGCCAUCAACACUUGGGCGUUCGAGGCCGUUGCCCCUAUCAACUUCAUGCUCAAGUGGCAYUACGGUGUGCCACGCCCCGAAGAAGUAGCGUGGAUGAUCUACAAAGGCCAGUACACUGAAGCUGACGGAGUCCCCGCAGACUUGGUGGCGCUCAUUAAGUCCAUGGACAUGGAGUAUGCCACCUCCUUCACCGCCUAUGUAGACGGUUCCCCUACACACCCAAGUUUUCCAGCUAUGCACUCUGCCGGAUCAACCUGCAGCUACUGGAUGCCAGCCGUAUGCGACCUUUCGCCGGAACAAUACUGCGAGGCCCUCCGGGUGGACUACGCGGUAGCCUAUGCGCGCACCAUCGCUGGAGUCCACUACCCCAAUGACAACUACGCUGGCCUCAACCUCGGUCAAAGAAUCAUCAAGGAAAAGCUUCCGCCAGUGCUCGCCGAGAAAUACGGAUACGAUGAAGCCAAAGUGGCGAGGAAACUUGAGGCGCUCGCCUUCGACUGGCACGACUUUGAUUCAAGCUCCUGUACGAUCGCAGGAGUAUCGGCGGCGGACUUUUUGGCUGCCGCGAAGUUGAACUAAGAAUCGAAAAACCAGCCUUUAAUUGCGCUGGUAGGGCAUACAAAAAACAAACAAAUACAUCCACCGAGACACGCUACAGAAAAUCCUGUCUGCCACAGCGGAAUCAUGCUGUCGCGGAACGAAAGAGAUACACGCAACUUAUGAGUAGUAUGUACUAAAUUACACAUGUAUAAUGAACACUAUUUUUUACA